AAAUCUGAGGUGACGCUGUCCGGUUUUAUAACAAACAGCUGACAAAAGUACAAAUUGGGUUACGAGGUAUAGGUGGAUCACGGGUGGAACUUUAAACGCACGUGUCUGUCGUUAACAACAAAGUUAAAAUGCGCCCUUUCAGCCUUACGUAAGCUUUUGCAGUAGUAAUAUAUGCUUGACAUUGCAGUGAAAACUUUGACCCAUAUCAGCCCAGCACAUAUCCGGGUAACACGCGGUGAUUACUACAAUGGACACCGGCUACUCUAUAGCUUGUUGACCCGUAUUUGAUUUGUAAAGAAAAACUAUACAAGUGUAGCGGCAGUGAUAGUACUUAUAUAUUCUGUAGAUAACCCGUUGGGGUGGAUUUAACAAUGUUAACCGUGGAGGAAUUGAAAAGACUGUAUGAGGUUUUCCUUUCUAAAGGAGACAAGAGGGUAGAGAAAUGGCUCCUGAUGGAAUCCCCCGUACCCAUCCUGACAAUAUUCGUCCUAUACCUACUUCUGGUCAAACAGGGUCCCCGCUGGAUGGAGCAGUAUAAACCACUUCAACUUCAAGGAUGGUUGGUCAUCUACAACUUAGCCUUGGUUGGAUUAUCUCUGUACAUGUUUGAAGAGUUUCUAGUUAGUGCCAUUAAGUCGUCCUAUAGCCUGAAAUGUCAGCCAGUGGAUUACUCGGAUGAUCCUUUAGCGUUGAGAAUGGCCAGUGUAUGUUGGUGGUAUUUCUUUUCCAAAAUUAUAGAACUACUAGAUACAGUUUUCUUUAUAUUACGCAAGAAGAACAAUCAGAUAACAUUCCUACACGUGUAUCACCAUAGCACAAUGUUAUUGAACUGGUGGUUAGGGGUCAAAUUCAUUGCGGGAGGACAGUCUUUUUUCCUAGCAAUGAUCAACUGUUUUGUACAUGUAUGGAUGUACAUGUAUUACGGGCUCGCGGCCCUGGGACCGGAAGUUCAGCGAUAUCUAUGGUGGAAGAAAUACAUCACAAAGAUGCAGUUGACGCAGUUUGUAUUGGUCGUCGUUCACACCGGCUACAACAUGCUGACAGAAUGCAAUUUUCCACAGGGUUUUAAUUACGCUGUUUUUAUUUACGCAUUUACAUUAAUUGGACUAUUCUCCAACUUUUAUGUCAAAGAAUACUCCAAAAAGAGCAGCAAAAGCAGUUAACGCUUGUGUACUUAGACGUAUCAAAUUA